AUAUGCUGAACACUGUAGCAGGGGUGGUUUUCAAACUUUAGCAUACAUCAAAAUACAUGGAAGUCUUGUUGAAACACAAACGGCUGAACUUCAUCCCAGAGUUUAUCAUCAGUAAGUCCAGAGUGAGUUUGAAAAACUUAUAUUUCUAAAAAGAUCCCAGGUGAUGCUCUUGCUGGGCAUCCAGGAGCCACACAUUUGAUUAUCUGUCAUCCCAUCUUUUCCAUCAGAUUCACCAACAAUAUGGAACCUAGAAACCAAACAGAUGUUUCAGAAUUUCUUCUUCUGGGACUUACAGAGGAUCCAGAACUGCAGCCUGUCUUAUUCAGUUUGUUUGUAUCUAUGUACCUGGCCACCCUCCUGGGAAACCUACUCAUUGUCCUGGUUGUCAUCUCUGACUCCCACCUCCACAACCCCAUGUACUUCUUUCUUUCCAAUCUCUCCUUCGUUGAUAUCUGUUUCCCGAACAUGCUGGUGAACAUCCAAGCACAGAAUCAAAUCAUCACUUAUGUAGGCUGCCUGACCCAGGUCUGUUUUGUAAUGAUAUUUACUGGUUUGGAAAAUUGUCUCCUUGCAGUAAUGGCCUAUGACCGCUAUGUGGCCAUCUGCCACCCACUGAGGUACACCAUCAUCAUGAACCUCCACUGCUGUGGCUUGCUCUCCCUACUCUCCUUACUAACUAGCAUUGUGAACGCCCUCCUUCACAGUCUGUUGGUGCUGCAUUUGUCCUUCUGCAUAGACCUGGAAAUCCCUCAUUUCUUCUGUGAACUUGCUCAGAUUCUCAAGCUCGCCUGUUCUGAUACCCGCAUCAAUUACAUCCUAGUGUAUUUUGUGGCUACUGUAUGGGGUGGUGUUCCUCUCUCUGGAAUCAUUUUCUCUUACACUCAGAUUUUCUCCUCUGUUUUGAGAAUGCCAUCAGUGGGUGCAAAAUAUAAAGCUUUUCCCACCUGCAGGUCUCACCUUUCAGUUGUGUCCUUAUUCUAUGGAACAAUCUUUGGUGUGUACAUCAGUUCUGCAUUUACACAUUCUCCCAGGAAGAUAGCAGUAGCUUCAGUGAUGUACAGUGUGGUCCCUCAAAUGAUGAAUCCCUUUAUCUACAGCCUGAGGAACAGAGACAUAAGGGGACCCUUGAGGACAUUCAUCAGUAGAAUACUAUCAUUUUAGUGAUUGUGUCACCUGUUUUUGGGCUUGGGACUCUAGGAUGGGUCAAAGUGGAAGGAAUACUGCUGAUCAAGGAUGCCUUACUGUUUCAUGAGCAAGUUCUUCUAAAAUGAUUAGAUAAUAUAAUGGCUAGGUACAUUUCAACUUAUUCAUGAUGAGUGAGAAAAUACUGAAGUUGUCAAUAAUUUCAUUUUACUUGGAUCCACAAUCAAUGCCUAUGGAAGCAGCAGUCAAGAAAUCAAAUGACAUACUGCAUUGGGGAAAUCUGCUAUAAAAGACUUCUUUAAUGUGUUAAAAAGCAAAGAUGUCACUUUGAGGACUAAGGUAUACCACAUCCAAGCUAGACU